AUGGAAAUUUGGGUAGACCUCUACCCUUUGGCGUGGCAAUCGCUUCAAGACAAAUACCCCAAUGUCGCAGCCAAGAAUUUGGGCAAUAUGGGGUAUGAUGGGGUGGUGUCUGCCUUUAUUCCGAAGCCAGUCCAGAAGGAAGCAUACAAGACGGAAGGCGUGGCGCUGCAGUACUUCCGCAAUUGGAACGCCUCAUGGUAUCAGCCUUCCAAGUACUUUGAUUCAAUCUCAAUGAUUUCCACAGCCUUGAUCAGGCCAUGUAGCGACCCCGUGUCGAAUAUGCAAGAUGAUGCAAGCAUGAGAAGACACAUUCACUUCACCGGCGAUGCGAAUGGGACGGUCUUCAACAGCACUUCAGGUUCAUAUUCGGCACGAUGCGAUGAUGGCUACUGGUGGAUUGCACCAAGUUGCCGAGCUAACACUUCGCUUUGUGUUCCCUAUGUGAUGGCAGGGCCGGGGUGGAGCUUAGAGGAGUAUAUGCAGAAGGCGACCAUUUGGAACAUGCCUUUUGCUUUGGGUGUGGCAGCUUCUUGGAGUGCUUACACAGAAUUCCCAUUCAUCCAUCCGAAAUUGCAAAUCUAG